AUGGAGAAAUUUAAUGUGUCAACCGUUCGAUUAUCAUAUCAACAAAAGUUUUCGUGGUUAGAUUACUCCGUGUUUGUAGCAAUGUUGUCGAUAUGUGUUGGGAUUGGCAUUUAUUUUGGAUUUUUCAAGAAACAGAAUUCAACUCAAGAUUAUUUGAUGGGCGGUAGGAAUAUGAAAUUGAUACCAAUUUGCUUCUCUUUAGUGGCUACUUUCAUUUCAGGUAUAUCACUCUUGGGCACACCCACCGAACUCUAUAUUUAUGGAACUUCGUACAUAUUUUCUUUUAUCGGGGCUAUAAUGAUGUCGAUCAUAAUAUCUCAAACGUUUAUACCAGUAUUCCACGAGCUACAAUUGACUUCUGCCUAUGAGUAUUUAGAGCUCCGGUACGACAAACGAACGAGGUUAUUUGGAUCUGUUUUAUUCAGCGUUUACUUGAUGGCCUGGCUACCUAUUGUUAUAUACGUCCCAGCAUUAGCCUUCAAUCAAGUUACUGGAGUAAAUAUACACAUAGUUACACCGAUCGUUUGUGUUGUGUGCAUAUUUUAUACAUCAUUGGGAGGUUUACGAGCUGUAGUAUGGACGGAUGUCAUUCAAACUGUAGUAAUGAUCGGAGCAAUGGUGUUAAUUAUAAUAAAAGGAACUAUCAUAGUUGGUGGUUUGGAAGAAGUUAUAAUGAAGAAUUGGAACAGUGAUAGGAUAGAAUUUCCAGUUUUAAGUUGGGAUCUAACUGAGAGACAUUCAAUAUUGUCUGUGUCAAUCGGCUCAACAUUCUAUUGGGUCGGUCUUAUUGCUGUGAAUCAGUCAAUGACGCAAAGAUUUUUGGCAUUAAAAGAAUUAAAAUCAUCCAAAAGGGCCGUUUGGGGAUUUUUAGGUGGCGUGCUAUUAGUUGUAUUUAUAUGUGGAUAUAGUGGUUUAUUAGCAUUUGCUAGAUACCACGAUUGUGAUCCAGUAAACUCAAAGUUGGUGCUUGCAAAAGAUCAGUUACUCCCCUUGUUGGUAAUGGACAUACUGGGUGACUGGAAUGGCUUGCCGGGUUUGUUCGUAGCUGGUGUAUUUAGUGCUGCACUUAGUUCUCUUUCAACCGGUCUUAACUCAAUGUCUGCGGUAGUUUUGGAAGAUUUUUGGAAGCCUUUCUUUAGACCAUUGAGUGAUAAGGAAACUCAGGUACUAGUAAGGACUGUUGUCGUUGUACUGGGCGUCAUAUGCGUGGGUUUAGUGUUUGUGGUAGAAAAACUUGGAUCAGUUUUGCAAUUGACGAUGAGUUUGUCAUCUGCAUCUAUGGGACCGCUUGCAGGAAUAUUUUCUAUGGGAAUAUUUUUACCCUUCAUUGAUUCUACAAGUGCAUUAAGUGGUGGUGCAGUGGGUUUGAUGUCAGCGUGGUGGGUCGCCGCUCACUCGCAGGUGGCGCAAGCGAAAGGAUUCCUUAGAUUUGAAGAGAAACAAAGGUUUUUACAUAACUGCACCUAUAGUUUUGGAAGUACAAUUUCACCGGAUGUACAAGAGGUGGAGGUGUCUUAUCUGUAUCGCAUCUCAUACUUAUGGUUCACAGCAUUUGGUUGUACAGUGACUGUGAUUGUUGCGAGUCUAUUAAGCUUCAGAAAAUAUCCAAGAAUUCAAAGCGAUCAUCAAUUAUUUGCUCCAUUUGUAAGAUCAUUGAUUAAAAGGAAAUCGGUUAAGAUGACCACAAGAUAAAUGUUAGCGUCAAAAGAUAUAGAUCAAAAUCGAUUCGAUUUCAAGUGAAUAUUCCAGAAGUAAAAUUUGUACAUACAUAAGCAAAUCAGCGGACAAAUUAAUUUCCUAAACUUGAUUUUGUUAAAUCGCUGUAGCCCAUUUUUUGUCUUUCUGACAUAGU